AUGGCGGCCUCGGCCCCGAAGGAGAAAGUGAAAAUCCUGGGGAGCCGCCAGCCAGGGGACAGGUGGCCCUGGCAGCGAGUGACAGCCAGUGCCCAUGGCCGGGGACACCGGGAUGGCCGGGAAGCCCAGACCCUCGGCCUCGCUGGUGCCCAGACCACCCAGCUCCUCGUGCAGCCCCCCUGGACCCCGGCGGUGCUGUGGGACCGGGUGACACUGACCUGCCAGGGCUCGGGCACCGCCGGUGCCACCACCUGGUACAAGGAUGGGCGGCGCUGGUGGCAGGAUGGACGCGACAGCUUCCUUGUCACUGAGAGUGGCACCUACACGUGUGACAGACCCGGCAGUGGGCACAGCCCCCCCGUGCUGGUGUCAAAUGAGCUGCUGGUGUUGCAGGUGCCAGCACGGACACUGCUGGAAGGGGACACGGUGACACUGCGCUGCCGGAGCUGGAGGGACAAGCCUGUCACCAGAGUGGUAUUUUACAAGGACAAUAAAUAUUUGAAGAGGUCUCUUAGUGGCAAAGAUAUGUCCCUCUCCCAUUUGCAGCUGCACAGCAGCGGCCGCUACAGCUGCAAGGGCUCGGUUGGCUCAAGACACACAUGGUCAGCACCAGUGACAGUCGCAGUGCACGAGCUCUUCUCGGUGCCGGUGCUGGAGGGUCCCCCCGAGCUCACCGAGGGGUCCCCCCUCAAUCUCAGCUGCCUCAGCACCCCCAGCCCCCUGCGGCCCCCAGCCCCCCUCCUCUGCAGCUUCUACCGGGACGGGCAGAGGGUGGGGGGCCCGCAGGGAUCCCCGCGGCUCCUGGUGCCCACCGUGAGGGUCACCCACUCUGGGAAUUACAGCUGCAAGGUGAGCUCUGAGGAGGGGACCGUGUGGAAGAGCAGUGCCCAGCUCGGCGUCACGGUGUGCAGGGUCCUGCCCACCAGAGUGUCUCUGUUGGUGCAGCCCCCUGGGGGACAGGUGACACUGGGGGACAGCCUGGUGCUGAGCUGCACGGUGACCAUGGGGACAGGUCCCCUGUCCUUCUCCUGGCACCGGGAGGGCUCGGGGGCAACGCUGGGCACUGGCCCCCGCCUGGAGCUGCGACACGUUGGGGACAAUGACAGCGGCCACUACCAGUGCUGGGUCAGCGACGGUGAAAGCGUGGCCCAGAGUGUCCCCCUGAAUGUCACUGUCCUGGUGCCCGUGGCCAAUGCCACCAUCACCCCCGGUCCCCCGGCACUCCAGGUGCGCCCAGGUGACCCCGUGACCCUGCGCUGCUCGGUGCAGGUGGGCUCAGCCCCUGUCACCUUCACCUGGCUCCACAACGGCCAGGAGCUGGCCCGGGGUCCCCUCCUGGAGCUUGGGGACGUCGAUGUGGGACAUUCGGGCACCUACCAGUGCAUGGCCACCAACCAGGUGGGACAGGACGGGCACCGCGUCUUCCGGGCACUCAGCCCAGAGCUGGCCCUGGAGGUGACACCACAGGGAACCACUGGACACCUCUGGAUCACAGUGGCUCUGAAUGUCGGCAGGACCCUCCUGUACCUGCUCCUGCUCCUGGCUGUCAUCGGGGGCUGUCACUGGUGGCACCACCGGGCCCUCAGGAAGCCACAGGAAAGGCUGCCCCAGGAGCCUUCAGCCCCCCCAGAGCAGGACGCAGUGCUGGACCCCCACAUUGUGUGCACUGAGAGGGCAGGGGGUGACCACGAGGAGCUGCCGGGACCCCACGGGAAACACUGGGACCCCAGUGACAUCUAUGAGAACAUGCUGUGA